ACUACUGAGAUUAUUGAACUUUAUCAGAACUAUUUGAUGUAGGACAGCUCAACCGAUAAUUUAAAUUUGAGUGGUAUAGUUGGAACUUCACUUUUCUAAAUAAAAUACAUAUUUUGUAGAACUUUUACACUCAUAAUAACCGAUAUGCCCCAUCUGCGAUGCGAAGUAUAUUCGCCCCAUCGCAUGCCCACUAAAAUUCACACCAGCCGCAGUUAAUUCGCCAUUGCCCAACGUGACAGACACCAAAAUGUGGUGGAAUUAUCAAAAUGUCAUCAUAAUCUUCCUACUGCAAGUUGGGAACCUGUCUCAGGGAAUAGUGAAUCCCUCGAAUGAGACGGCCAACACGGUAAUCUUCAUGCUGCCCGAAAAGGAUCUUGGUCCAGAUGUUUGGAAGGCCGGAGUCGAUUGCCUCGAUAGCUUCUCGCAAAUCUUCUUCUAUCGCAAUCCCGUGGAGCGCUACACAAGAGCUUACAACUUGGUGCUGGCCCACGUUUUCAAGCUAUCCAGUCCGGCGGAUCAGAUCCAGGAGGGAUUCAGCAAACUAAUCAACGAGGCAGCCACGGAUCCCGGGGAACCACAUAGACAGGAACUUUUUCAGAUUCGCGUUAUCUCCAACAAAUCCAACAAGACGAUCAAAAAAUUGGGAGAUCUUGUCCUGGCGGAUAACUAUGUGGUAAUUGUGGACUCCGUGAAAACGUUACUUGAUUUGGUUGAAUUUAACGCAGCCAAGAUGUGGUCCUGGAAUCCAGGUGCCCGUUUCCUGGUGCUUUUUCACAAUUCGCAGUUGUGGAAAAACCCUAGGUUUGUAGCAGACGAGAUUUUCCUAAAGUUAAUGGAGAAGCAUUAUGUGCAUCGAGUAGCUUUAAUCUUUGCCACCUCCCCUACGGACUAUAAUCUGGUGGUCAAUGAUUACUAUAGCAAUGUGAACUGUAGGAUUCUGGACGUCCAGAGUGUGGGUCAAUGCCACGAUGGCCAGCUUUAUCCCAGUCCCAGAAUGGUUCACGCAUCCAUGUUGGACUACGUGGCUGGUUUCAGUCCUAAAAACUGCACCUUCUUCGUUUGCUCCUCCAUCUCGGCCCCCUUUGUGGAGGCCGACUGCAUCCUGGGCCUCGAGAUGAGGAUCCUUGGAUUCAUGAAAAAUCGACUGAACUUCUAUGUAAAUCAAACCUGCAGUACUGAGUCACGUGGCGAGGUUGAACCCAAUGGCACCUGGACUGGCUUGCUCGGAAAACUGACGAACAACGAGUGUGACUUUAUAAUCGGUGGCUACUAUCCGGACAACGAGGUGGCCGAAGUCUUCUGGGGAUCGGAUACCUAUCUGCAGGAUGCGCACACCUGGUACAUCAAGGUGGCCGAAAGACGACCCGCCUGGCAGGCGAUGGUCGGGAUCUUUGAGCCCUACACCUGGCUUGGCUUCAUCUUGAUUCUCAUCAUCAGCUGGCUGUUCUGGUUUGCGUUGGUCAAGAUAUUGCCAGAACCUAAGUACUACCAACAGUUAAGUUUGACGGCCAUCAAUGCCUUGGCUGUAUCGAUUUCGAUAGCCGUUCAGGAGCGACCCAUGUGUGAGUCUACGAGGAUAUUCUUCAUGGGCCUAACCCUUUACGGUCUCAAUGUGGUGGCCACCUACACGUCCAAGAUGAUAGGCACCUUUCAGGAUCCCGGAUAUCUUCACCAGCUGGAUGAACUGACGGAGGUGGUGGAAGUGGGGAUACCCUUUGGCGGCCACGAGGAAAGUCGCGAUUGGUUCGAGAACGAGGAGGAUAUGUGGAUCUUCAACGGGUACAACACCUCACCGGAGUUCAUACCGCAGACAAAGAACCUGGAGGCGGUCAAGUGGGGCCAGCGGUGCAUCCUGAGCAACCGGAUGUACACGAUGCAGAGUGCCCUGGCCGAUGACAUAUACGCCUUUCCCUACAACGUCUUCAGCAGUCCCCUGCAGAUGAUCAUGAAGGCCGGCUUCCCCUUCCUCUUCGAGAUGAACAGAAUCAUCCGGCUGAUGCGGGACGUGGGCAUCUUCCAGAAGAUCGAUGCGGACUUUCGGUACAACAACACGUAUCUGAACAGGAUCAACAAGAUGCGACCCCAGUUCGCGGGCGCCGAGAUUGUCCUGACCACGGAGCAUCUGAAGGGACCCUUUGGCAUCCUGGUGGUGGGCAUCUGCUGCUCCAUCCUCACAUUUCUCGUCGAGCUAAUGAUCCGCCAUUGGCCCUGCCAGCUGGUCAGUGGAAACAGGAAGCAGCAGGAAAGGCAGAGGAAAAAGAGGAGACGGAGGAGGAGGAGGAAGGACCCAAAGGAUGGCCACUGGCAGCGCCAAGUUCAAGUGGCUCCAGUCGUACGAUUUACGCCAGUCAAACGACGCAAAGUUUUCUAGGGACAAACAAGUCAAAAGUAAACUAACCCAAACUAACUCCCCUAGCUGGCUGCGAUAAAAUUGACUCAAUUCACAUAAAUUUGCAAUUGAGAGACACUGACUCUGACUGGCAAUCCCACAUCCCCCCGUAACCCCCCUCGAGUGUCUGGGUCUCUUGUCUGGUCUAUAGUCUAUAUAGAUAUAGUAUAGUCUGGUCCGUGCCGUUCGGGUCGCUUCUGUUACUUUUCACGCGAAAUACUUAAAAUCAGAGACAAAAUUCUAUUUUUGCAAACAACAACGACGCGGAGUCUGUGCCUCGUGCAUUUGGGAUUGGGAAUGGGAGUGGGAACGAGACUAAGACACCCCGCUUUCCGCAAAUUGACAAUCAGCUUCAGAUUUCCCAGCUGCACUGCAGCCGGAAAACUCCGAGCGAAAACACAGAUAAAGAACGAGUUAAGCAGAUAUCCCUAUAAGUGGCGCAUUCGCUGAUUGCGAAGGAAGUUGCUGCAGUGCAGCCAAACAAAUAUCGCUUCGAUAUCAGAUGGCACAAGUUUCGAUUCGAAAAUAUCCCAAAUGGAAUUGGAAGUGGAACGCAGGACGUAUAUAACGGUAGAGGAAGGAAAACUUUGGCGGAAUUAUGUGAGUUACAGGAUAUAAAUUUGGUAAUUUCUUAGGGAUUCCUAUUUAAUAGGUAGUCGAUUUUAAGAAUACGUAGGGUUUUGGUUAGAUUUAAUACAAGGUAAGCUUUAAAUACAGAGUUAUUUAACAACGUUGGACUUUGUAGUAAAUCAAAAUACAUAUCAUAUUUCUGUCUAUAAUUGCUUUCCUACAAGAAAAUGGAACUAUUUUCAAUUAAAGAUAUUAUUUAUUUGUACUUCCAAUAUCAAUUAAUCUUUUUUUAAUAUUGGGUAAAAUAUAAUCAAAGAAUUAAAAGGGUAUCCAUGAGAUAUUAGAUAUUCCAUAAAUCAGAUUUCGCGUUUGGAAAAUUCCCAUGCCUGUAUUUUUUCGCCGAGCCACUUGUUGAGACAAUUUAUCAUCUGUUUUCAUUAAUGGAUCUUAUGGCCGACAUUGAGUGCUGGGGAUUACUCAUCCGCUGUCACUGG